UUUCCAGGCCAUCGGGGGAUCUACAACCUUGCACUCCAAUCGGCCUCAAGAUGAACUUGAAAUAGAUCAUGUAAAGGCUCUCACCGAGACCAUCAUGAGUCUUUGAUUCAUAUCGCGUGCGAGAAUUCUUACUCAUGGUCCACAUGUUCAUUGAAUGUCUGUAUUGUAGGACGUCAUAUCCCGCAGCCUUUGCACCGUACUGCACAUGGACAAGUCAUGCGUGUUCAUACACGCUUCUCUUUGUAUGCAUGUCCUCUUUCGGAGACGAACUCGAAAUGAUGGCUGACAAGGUAAAGCUCCCAACCAUUUAUCAUUUCUGGUGCCUGACUGUCAUUGACUUUGGUUGCCUGCUUAUAUCAGGCGCGAUGAGGAGUCGUCAGGAAGACAAACUACCUGAGGGUUGUGUAGCCCUACACGUAUACCGAGUUGCUUUUGAUGGUCCGCAAAGUAUCCGAUUGAGAUGAUCUAAACGUUCGGUACUACAAAUUUUACGACUGAAGUCAAAGUUGCGACAAGCAUCGAAGCAACUUGAAUAUGGAAAAGCAGGUCCUUGCUGUACC